AUGCCUGUCACGACAAGAAUUUUGUUCCCAGGAGGCACUCCCCAGCCCAUGGGAUCUCGGCAUUCAAAGCAGAACAGGAAGCCUGGGCCCCUGAAACGGGGCCACCGAAGAGAUAGGAGAACAUCCCGGAGGAAGUACUGGAAGGAAGGAAGGGAAAUCGCUGGUGUCCUAGAUGAUGAGGGCAGCAACCUGAGGCAGCAGAAGCUUGACCGGCAGCGGGCCCUGUUGGAGCAGAAGCAGAAGAAGAAGCGCCAGGAGCCCCUGAUGGUGCAGGCCAAUGCAGAUGGGCGUCCCCGGAGCCGGCGGGCCCGGCAGUCAGAGGAGCAAGCCCCCCUGGUGGAGUCCUACCUCAGCAGCAGUGGCAGCACCAGCUACCAAGCUCUGAGUGGUGGACAAAGCCAAGAGAGGCUACUGCACACCUGCUAUUUGACCAAGACCCAUACUUCUGAGCCUAACAUCCCUAGCUUUAACUACCUCGUGCCCUGCCCCCUGCUGGCUGUUGGUGUUAAUGCAGGCGCUCACUCCCAGAGGCGGAGUAUCUGGCCUGCAGGCACCAGCGGGCCAGCAACCCUGGCAGAAGACAAGUCUGAGGCCCAAGGCCCAGUGCAGAUCCUGACUGUGGGACAGUCAGACCACGCCAAGGAUGCAGGGGAGACAGCAGCCGGUGGGGGCACACGGCCCAGCGGGCAGGAGCUCCGUGCCACGAUGCAGAGGAAGGGCAUCUCCAGCAGCAUGAGCUUUGAUGAGGAAGAGGAUGAGGAUGAAAACAGCUCUAGCUCCUCCCAGCUAAACAGCAACACCCGCCCUAGUUCUGCCACUAGCAGAAAGUCCAUCAAGGAGGCAGCCUCCGCCCCCAGUCCAGCAGCUCCAGAGCCACCAGUAGAAAUUGAGGUCCAGGAUCUAGAGGAGUUUGCUCUGAGGCCGGCCCCACAAGGGAUCACCGUCAAAUGCCGCAUCACUCGGGACAAGAAGGGGAUGGACCGGGGCAUGUACCCCACCUACUUUCUGCACCUAGACCGUGAGGAUGGCAAGAAGGUAUUCCUCCUAGCGGGAAGGAAGAGAAAGAAGAGCAAAACUUCCAAUUACCUCAUCUCUGUGGACCCAACAGACUUGUCUCGGGGAGGAGACAGCUAUAUUGGGAAAUUACGGUCCAACCUGAUGGGCACGAAGUUCACUGUUUAUGACAAUGGCGUCAACCCUCAGAAGGCAUCGUCUUCUACACUGGAAAGUGGGACUUUGCGCCAGGAGCUGGCUGCUGUGUGCUAUGAGACCAAUGUCCUAGGCUUCAAGGGACCUCGGAAGAUGAGUGUGAUUGUCCCAGGCAUGAACAUGGUUCAUGAGAGAGUCUGUAUCCGUCCCCGUAAUGAGCACGAGACACUGCUAGCGCGCUGGCAGAACAAGAACACGGAGAGCAUCAUCGAGCUGCAAAACAAGACACCAGUCUGGAAUGAUGACACACAGUCCUAUGUACUCAACUUCCAUGGGCGUGUCACACAGGCUUCUGUGAAGAACUUCCAGAUCAUCCAUGGGAAUGACCCGGACUACAUCGUCAUGCAGUUUGGCCGGGUAGCGGAAGACGUGUUCACCAUGGAUUACAACUACCCACUGUGUGCACUGCAGGCCUUUGCCAUUGCGCUGUCCAGCUUUGACAGCAAGCUGGCCUGUGAGUAG